UAGAUGCUACGCCUACCCCCGGCAGCUGCAAAGCAGUUAAACAUGUUGCUUUCUUCAUAACCAUAAAAGCUUCCCUGCAUCACAGACUCCUUGACCCAUCCCUUGCAAGUUUUACGUAUGCUUUGCACUUAUAAAAAGUUGCAUUAAAGCCAACCCCGUGUCUCCCAAGGAAUAGUUAUAUCAAAACCCCACAGCAGCUAGCAAGUACUCAACCCAACAAAUACAAUGGAGCCCUCCGCCAAUUGUCCCGCAUGCGAUGCUGGCCAUGGCAAUGAGACUAGUUAUUUGAACGUACCCUUGCUACUCCAACCAUCGUAUUCUAGAUCAAAGUCCUUGCUCUGCGAUGAGUUGCGCCGCUUCAGAAUAAGCCUCAAGUGGUGUGCACUAGACCACUCCUCACGCCUAGGCAAAUUCAUAUCCUAUCUCAUGUUUGUCUCCCUCACCGUUUUUGUGCCUAUCAUAAGCUCCCUCUCGGUUCAAGUCCCAUCCUCUUCAUUAGCUACAGACACCACCGCCUUCAACCUCCUGGUUCAGUUUCCUGAGUCAGGCUUGGCUUUCUUGGGCUUUUUCAACUUAUGCUGCUUCUUCAGAAGAUAUGGUUUGAGGCAACUCUUGUUUCUCGACGCCCUGCAACAAGAUACCACCUUUGUCAGACGUGGAUACACUCGGGAGCUGGACAAGGCGUUUCGUUACCUUGCUUGCAUACUUCUACCCUCUUUUUUUGUCCAAGUUGCGCAUAAGAUCAUAUUCUUCUCCACCGUAAAGAUAUCGCUGCCUUAUGUUAGGUCCGGAUUCCCACUGAACUCCAUAAUGUUUGUGUUGGUGCUGGGGUCAUGGGUUUACAGGACGGGUGUGUUUCUGCUCGUCUGCGUGCUGUUUCGGUUGACUUGCGAGUUACAGAUACUAAGGUUUGAAGGGCUCCACAAGAUGUUCGAGGGGUCCGGGUCAGGGUGUGAUGCUGGGGAAAUAUUUCAGGAGCAUGUUAGGAUCAGGAAACAGUUAUCUGUUACCAGUCAUAGAUAUCGCUUCUUUAUUAUUGCGUCCUUGGUUGUCAUCACCGUGAGCCAGUUCGCGGCUUUGUUAAUGGUUUUGGCUUCAAAAUCAGAAAAGAGUUUUUUCAAUUCUGGCGAUCUCCUGGUUUGUUCAGCCGUGCAACAGAGCGGCUUCUUCUUGUGCUUGUUGGGUGCGGCGAGAAUGACACAUAGAGCCCAAGGAAUGGCUUCGGUAGCAACCAGAUGGCAUAUGAGCAUUAUUAUAAGUAGUCUCGCAGGAUUAGGGCAGCAGCAGCAGGGGAAACUCCAUAACCCAGAUACCGACGUGACCCCGCAAGCAUCUAUAUCUAAAUGCAACGAUGAAAGCGACUCCGACUCUUCAUCAGAUACACUCAUCAGGCUUUCCGCACAACAUCCAUCCAACUUCCAAACCAGGCAAGCUUUAGUGUUAUAUUUGCAACACAACAACCGAGGGAUCACGCUAUUCGGAUAUGCUCUGGAUCGUGGAUUGCUUCACACUCUCUUUGCAUUUGAGUUCUCUUUGGUGAUGUGGAUUCUCAGUAAGGAGACUCCAUGGCCCAAUGGAUAAGGCGCUGGUCUACGGAACCAGAGAUUCUGGGUUCGAUCCCCAGUGGAGUCGGUUGGCUGCUAUGUCUUGAGUUUUUGAUCUUUGGAAAUGGCCAUGGCUGCCAUGCAAUGAAUUGGAUAAUGGAAGCAGGCAGGCCUCAUUCAAGGCUCGCAUGUUGAAAUGUAUCACUAUGACUCAUUCAAGUUGGUAGUCAAUGAUAAACCAUAUGCUUGAAAUUGCACCCUCAAUAGAAAGGAAGUUUACAAAUAUAUCUCUUUAGGGCCAAUCAUUCACAUUCCUGGACAAGUUCUGAAAACUGAUUGAGAGUGCUUAAAAUGUCUCCCAAGCAUGCAACAA